UUUUAGUUUAUGCGAUUUGUCAAAACACAACAACAAGUCGUGGUCUUUUGUUGUAAAACCUCGAAAGGACGUUUUGUUAAUAUUGCAUUAUAGCUUGUGAUUCUAAAAAUAUUACAUCAUGAAUUUUGUAUAUGUUGUUAUUAUACUGUGUGGCAUUUAUUACAAAGAAGUAUUAUGCAAUAAUUCAUCGCAAGAAGUGGUAAAUCUUCCAAAUGAGGAAUGUAAACCAAGAAAAACGCUUGUGGCAGUUGACGGAGAUACAUACAACUACUUCCCACUUAUGGUGUCUUUACAUCGAUGUGGAGGUAUUUGUGGUCGUGAUAAGCCAAAUUUUAGAAAGUGUGUAAAAAAAGAAUCGGAUAUUCUAUUUUUACACGUGUACAACGAGCUAGAACAAAGAAACGAAACUAUUAAGUUAGAGAAUCAUACCUCCUGUGGGUGUGAGUGUUAUUAUGAUAAGUCGGUAUGUUCCAGCACACAGACCUGGGAUACACAACAGUGUAAAUGUUUGUGUAAUCCAUCAGUUACUGGGCAAUGUGGGGAGAAUUACAGAUGGAACCCCAAUCUUUGUCAAUGUCAGUGUGAUUUACAAUGUACAAGAAAACAAGAUUUUAAUAGUACUGAUUGUUCCUGUACUUGUAAGCAAAAAUUCUUCCAACGCUGUAAUAAGCGAAACAAACUUGUUCGAGAAAGUGACUGCAGAUGUUUUAUUCCAGAAACUUUGUUAAGUGAAAAGGGGUGUGAAGUACUACCAACAAAAUGGGCUGUUAUGAUAAUAACAAUUUCAUUUUGUGCAUUCUUUGUGUUUGCAUUUGACUGUAUUUUAUAUGGAAGAAAAACUGGAUGUUUGUAUCAUUCGUUGCAUAUAUGUGAAGAUACAAAAGAAGAGAAUAUACCAAUAAAACAGAACCGGUCUCCAUCGUCAAAAGAUAUAUUUGAUUCAAAUGCGUGAGAAUAUUAAAAAACUAUUGGACAUUGUCAAUCCGAGACCUUGUGGGACGCUAAGCGUUGUGUGUGAAUUAAGAGCUAAACAAACAGCUUUUACCAUUGCAUCAAAACAAGUUCUUCCAAUAUAAGUGAGCACUUAUGCACUUGUGAUGAUUGCUAUAAGAAACUACUUUGGUGGUUUUUCAAAAAGGUUAUGGUGAGGUAUUUAAGUAAAAUUACUUGAAUAUCUCACCAUGAAUUUUACAGCUCUUGACAGUUGAUCUUGACAGUUUAUUUAUGUAGAGCAACAAAACUGAAGAGUAAGGAACUACGUAGCAUAAGAAAAAACAAUAUGCCAAAUGUGGUUACAUUUUGCAUGACAUUGCGGAUUUAUUGUAUAACUAUAUAUAAAUAUGAUUUGAUGUUGUUUUAUGACAUUUUUUAUUCUACGAAAACUGAAAUGUUACUUAUUGGGUUUAGUUGUUAUAUAUUUUUAAAAUGUCAUUAAGUAAAAAUUGCCCUAGCAACAGUAUGGCCUUACUUAACACUAUAGGAAAUAUAAUUUCUUGCCCAGAAAUUUCUGACUUUGUUUUUUAUGAGAAUAUUGAAGUGUUUCUAUUUUUGAUAUCAUGUGAUAUGAUGCUGAAAGUAAUUAACAUUUUCUAGAGUAUUUUGUGGCGCUUAUGUCAUAUCUUUAAUUAAUGUCUUUUUUAAAUUUUAUUAAAUUCAGUGUCUGGAAUAAGAAAUGAGAAAAAACCUAGUCUGUGGUAAAUAAGCUUUAUUGUUGUUGGUAUUUUAAAUGGUUAAUGAUUUAUAUCUUCUAAAUACCCUUCCAGUAAACAUUAAACGAAACAUAAUACUUUUGCUUACAAAGACAUAAAUAAGACGUAAAUAAAUAUUUGUAUGUUUUUACAACUGAGAGUUUUAUGGAAAAUGUUUCCUGUAAUAUUUUCUAGUGUUAUGAUUAGAAAUGUAAACAAACUAACAAGAUUAUAUGAUCUACUUAAUUGGCGGAUUAUAUUAAUAGCACAUUGACGUAACUUAUUUAAACAUGGAAAUAUAACUAACGUGUUUCUCGACUAAUUUCUAGAUUAAAACGAUAUGAUAACAAUCACAUGA